AUGAAGAGGAAACUCAGUGCUCUUUUAAGAGAUACAAGCCCAACCACCACCAUGUCUACUGCCUCAGUCAAGCUCACAGAGCGCGAGAAGCAACUCCGCUCUCUUCUUCUGAAUGUCGCCAGAUUCAUUGACACGACAACAAAGCUCGACCAGCCGCUGGUGCUGCGCUGGGCGGGAGGCUGGGUGAGGGACAGACUCCUCGGCAUAGAGAGCCAUGACAUCGACGUGGCAAUCAAUGCCAUGACUGGACAGCAGUUCGCACAGCAUAUUUCAGAGUAUUGCGAACAGCCCGACGUCGCAAAGAUCCAUGGCUUUGCCCCUGGGGAUAUCGGCAGGCUUCACCACAUUGCGAGCAACCCGGACAAGUCCAAGCAUCUUGAAACCGCCAUGGUCAAGCUCUUUGGCAUGGACCUUGAUUUCGUCAAUCUUCGCAAAGAGACAUAUGCCGAGGACAGCCGUAACCCUCAGAUGGAGUUUGGCACUGCAGAGGAAGAUGCUCUUCGUCGUGAUGCCACCAUAAACGCUCUGUUCUAUAAUCUGCACACCGAAGAGAUUGAAGAUUUCACCGGCGGCAUCCGCGACAUGGAGGCGAAGAUAAUUCGAACUCCCCUAGAACCUUUUCAAACAUUCAUGGAUGAUCCCCUCAGAGUACUUCGUCUCAUACGUUUCGCUGCUAGACUAGGGUUUACUAUUGAUGAGACGUCAGAGAAAUUCAUGAACGAUAAGAAAAUACUAGAGGCUCUCCGGAAAAAAAUCAGCCGUGAAAGAGUUGGUGUCGAGUUAGAAAAGAUGCUGAAAGGCAAAACACCCCGAUCAGCACUGGAGCUGCUGGACCGUCUUGGCCUCUACCAAGCAAUCUUUAGCGAUCCGGCACAAGAAGAUGUUGCUAUGCCCGAUAUAUCCCGAUGGCACGUCGCCUACAGCUGUCUCGACGAAUUACUAAAGAAUCGAGAGCCAGGGUCAAUAUCUCAGCUAUUGGUUGAUGAUAAUGACAGCGAUAACACGUAUCUGGCGUGGAAUCUUGCUGCUGUGAGCCCCUGGAUUCCCGUAGAAGACCGCUCGGGGCGCAAGCAAAAGGCAAAUGCCCUCCCGCCCGUUGGUAUCAUUGCCCGUGAAGGGUUUAAAGCUUCAAACAAGCUCACAACAGUCAUGGCAGCCUGUCACAAGCAUCGCACUGAGAUCGUUGAUCUGAAAAAGGCAGUUUGCAAGAAUUCGCCGAUAAAAGACCAACGAGACACAUUUGGCAUGGCGAUUAGGAAGUGGGAAGCAGUGGGCGGAAACUGGAAGGUUCAAGUUCUAGGGGUGAUAAUGAUCGAUGCUAUGGAGCAGCUUGAAGACUUCCCCGCUGAGAAAGGUAAAGACCACAAGGAGUUCCUUCAAGGAUGGGAAAAAUUUCUUCAGCAUCUCGUUAAGCUUGAUCUCUACGAUGCUCCUAACUUGAAGCGAAUUAUAGACGGACGCGCGCUGGCGAAGGCCUUGGGAGUCCCGCCGGGUACAUGGAUGGGCAAAGCGCUGGAUAUCUGCAUGGCUUGGCAGCUUCGAAAUCCAGCAGAGAAGACUCCAGAUGGCGCAAUACAGCAAGUGAGAGAUAAAGCUGAGGAAUUGGGUAUAAAAUUAAAAUAG